CGCUCCUCGUUGCUCCUCGUCCCGGGUUUACAGAUACCCAACUUUGACCGGAGAAUCCAACGUAUCUCAAUUUUGACGUCUGCGUUCGAUUUUUUGAUUUUUCUCGUCCAUGCUUCGAAUCGACGUCCGGAUUUCGUAGAUCGAAGAUUUUCUGUACCUCCCUGUCAUUGAAUCUCUCUCUCUCUCUCUCUCUCUCUCUCGUCAAACUCUGUCGGAAUUUCCAGAAUUCGAUCAGAAAUGAACUGGGUUCAACGCAAAAUCUACCUUUACAAUGUCACUUUCGGGCUCUACAUGCUUGAUUGGUGGGAACGUUACCUUUUCAAUGCUUUGGUGAUGGUCUUGUUGUGGUUCAUGCUGUACAAUGGGUCACGCUACAUCUCAGAAGUCUUCAAGAGACAUUUGUCAUGGUAGAGGUGUUGUUUCUCAAGUCAUAGAGCAUGACGGGACUUGGAACCUUGAUGGCAUACCAAGGAUGAUCAUGAUUUCUGAGUUCAGCUCGUAAGAACAACGCCUUUCCGUGCUACUUUAAUGUGCCACUGAAGAUUUUUGAACUGCCUUUACUGCUCUGUAUCUUUUGUUCCCAAGUGUUUGAAUUGAAAGAUACUUAUCCUUGGACUGGAAAUUUUGGAACUGUUCUGUUGUAUUCUCAUUAACCCUUCCAGACAGAUGCAAAACAGAUCCCAGUGACUGUGCUAUCAUUAUGACCAGACUA